AUGAGAAGGCACAAGAGUCCUGAUCCCCACCAACCAGCCUCUCAGGUGACCAGUGCUGGGCCUGGGACAGGAACCAUUGUGUCCCUGGCUGCCACCUCUCCUGUCACCCUUACCCAGUUCAACCCACAGAGGCCCCCAUCUGAGGUUGGUGUGACCUUUGAGGAUAUUGCUGUGCGCUUCUCUAAGGAGGAAUGGUGCCUCCUUGAUGAGGCUCAGAGACACCUGUUCCUGGAAGUGAUGCUGGAGAACUUUGAACUCAUAUCCUCUCUAGGUUGCUGCUGUGGAGCAGAGGAUGUGGAGGUACCUACUGAAGAGCUUAUUUCUGUGAGAGUGUCACAGGCAAAAAUCCCCAAUGUAGCUUUGUCCUCCCAGAAGAGCCAUCCCUGUGAGAGUUGUGGGCGAGUCCUGAAAGACAUCUUUUACUUGUUUGAGCAGCAGGGAACACCACAUAGCCUGAAACUGUUGAGGUGUGGGGCAUGUGCAAAGCAGUUUUAUUUGAGCAAGAAAGCCAUUGGCUGCAACCAGUCUCUUGCUCAGGACCAUAGUGUCCAUAAUGGAAUACAGUGUCUUGUGUGCCGUGUAUGUGAGAAAUCUUUUACAAAAAUCUCUGACCUCCAUUAUCAUCAGAAAUUUCACACAGGAGAAAGGCCAUACGAGUGCAGUGAGUGUGGGAUGUGCUAUAAAAAACAGUCCACACUCAUUCAACACCGGCAAGUUCAUUCUAUAGAAAAGUGUCAUGAGUGUGCUGAAUGUGGGAAAUUCUUUAGCCAAAGGGGAGCCCUUGUGCAACACCAGAGAGUUCACACUGGAGAAAAGCCAUAUAAAUGUGAUGAGUGUGGGAAAUCCUUUAGUCAAUCUUCAACCCUCGUUGAACACCAGAGAGCUCACACUGGAGAAAAGCCAUAUGAGUGUGUUGAAUGUGGGAAAUAUUUUGUCACAAUCUCUAGACUUUAUGGCCAUCAGAGACUUCACACUGGAGAAAGGCCUUAUGAGUGCAGUCAGUGUGGAAAAUCUUUUACCAGGAACUGUAAUUUGCGUCGUCAUCAGAAAUGUCACAGCGGAGAAAAACAUGAAUGCAGUCAGUGUGGGAAAUCUUUUACCGAUAGGGGAAACCUCCGUCGUCAUCAGAGACUUCACACUGGAGAAAGACCUUGCAAGUAUAGUGAAUGUGGGGAAUCUUUUAUCAGGAGCUGUCAUUUGAAUGAACAUCAAAAAUGUCACACUGGAGAAAAACAUGAAUGCAGUCAGUGUGGGAAAUCUUUUACCACUCGCAGAAACCUCCUUCGUCAUCGGAGACUUCACACAGGAGAAAGGCCUUGUGAGUGCACUCAGUGUGGGAAAUCUUUUACUGAUAGCAGAUAUCUCCGUUGUCAUCAGAGAUUUCAUACUGGAGAAAGGCCUUAUGCUUGCACUCAGUGUGGGAAAUCUUUUACCACUAAAGGAAACCUCCUUUGUCAUCAGAGGGUUCACACUGGGGAAAGGCCUUACGAGUGCACUCAGUGUGGGAAAUCUUUUACUGAUAGCAGAAACCUCCGUCGUCAUCAGAGACUUCACACUGGAGAAAGACCUUAUGCGUGCACUCAGUGUGGAAAAUCUUUUACCUCUAACGGAAACCUCCUUUGUCAUCAGAGGGUUCACGCUGGAGAAAGGCCUUAUGAGUGCACUCAGUGUGGGAAAUCUUUUACCACUAUCAGAAGCCUCCUUUGUCAUGAGAGGGUUCACACUGGAGAAAGGCCUUACAAGUGCACUCAGUGUGGGAAAUCUUUUACCACUUGCGGAAACCUCCUUCGUCAUCAGAGACUUCACACUGGAGAAAGGCCUUACAAGUGCAGUGAAUGUGGGAAAUCUUUUACCAGGAGCUCUCAUUUGAAUGAUCAUCAGAAAUGUCACAGUGGAGAAAAACAUGAAUGCAGCCAGUGUGGGAAAUCUUUUACCACUGGUGAUGGCCUUGGUCGACAUCAGAGACUUCACACUAGAAAAAUACAUGAAUGCAGUCAGUGUGGGGAAUCUUUUACCACUAGCAAAAGCUUCCUUUUUCAUCAGAGUGUUCACACUGGAAAAAGGCCUUAUGAGUGUACUCAUUGUGGGAAAUCUUUUACCACUAGCGGAUACCUCCUUCGUCAUCAGAGACUUCACACUGGAGAAAGGGCGUAA